AUGUCAUCCUUCGCAAGAGUCCUGAGGCCGGCGUUACGGCGGGGUCAUGGUGUUGCUGCCAGAGUAUCGUCGACGGCGCCACGGUGCUGUAGACCGUCCCAGACAUUCAAUGCCCAGCAACUAAGGCCACUAUCCGCGACGCCGCGCCGGCUGACCGACAUAUCCGAGAUCCCUCCCACGCCCAUAACGCACCUGUCCGAGACCGAGGCGUCGAUGAAGGAGAUGGUAUCCAAGUUUGCCAACGACGUGAUCCUGCCCAAGGUGCGGCACAUGGACGAGGCCGAGAAGAUGGACCCGGACCUCGUCGAGCAGCUGUUCGAGCAGGGCCUCAUGGGCAUCGAGAUCCCGGAGGAGUUCGGCGGCGCCGGCAUGAACUUCACGGCCGCCAUUGUGGGCAUCGAGGAGCUGGCGCGCGUCGACCCCAGCGUCAGCGUCAUGGUCGACGUGCACAACACGCUGGUCAACACUGCCAUCCUGAAAUGGGGCAGCACCGACCUGAAGAGGCGGUUCUUGCCCGCGCUGGCCACCAAGACCGUGGGCAGCUUCUGUCUGAGCGAGCCUGUAUCGGGUUCCGACGCCUUUGCGCUGGCCACCAAGGCCACCGAAACCGCCGAUGGCUACCGGAUCUCCGGCAGCAAGAUGUGGAUCACCAACUCUAUGGAGGCCGAUUUCUUUAUCGUCUUUGCGACUGUGGACCCCAGCAAGGGCCAUCGCGGCAUCACGGCCUUCAUCGUCGAGAAGGACGCCAAAGGGUUCUCGAUCGCCAAGAAGGAGAAGAAGCUUGGUAUCAAGGCCAGCAGCACCUGUGCCAUCAACUUCGACGACGUCGAGAUCCCCAAGGAGAACCUGCUGGGCGAGGUUGGUCAGGGCUACAAGUAUGCCAUCGGCCUGCUGAACGAGGGCCGCAUCGGCAUUGCUGCUCAGAUGACUGGGUUGGCGCUGGGCGCGUGGGAGAACGCCGUCAAGUACGUAUGGAACGACCGCAAGCAGUUUGGCAAGCUGGUCGGUGAGUUCCAGGGCAUGCAGCACCAGAUCGCCCAGUCGUACACCGAGAUUGCCGCGGCCCGCGCGUUGGUCUACAACGCCGCCCGGAAGAAGGAGGCUGGCGAGGACUUUGUGCAGGAUGCGGCUAUGGCCAAGCUGUUCUCGUCGCAAGUUGCGGGCCGUGUCAGCGGCCUGGCGAUAGAAUGGAUGGGAGGUAUGGGGUUCGUACGUGAGGGCCCGGCCGAGAAGUACUGGCGUGACAGCAAGAUUGGUGCCAUCUAUGAGGGCACUAGCAACAUACAGCUAAACACCAUCGCGAAAAUGCUGCAGAAGGAAUACACCGCAUAA